CUAAGAGCAGCUUCCUGUCUCUGUAUCUGAUCAAAAAGAAGCAGACACUUUUCUUAGAAGCAGAUACGGGUUACACUGCCAAUGGCAUAACGGGAACCGCUGCACGGGGACACGUGGCGGCCAAGGAUAGCUGUGAGCCAAUACCAUCCUCCUAGGCAAAACCAGCAGUUGUGCUCGGUAGCAGAGAGAAAACCUGGGAAUGCUUCAGAUCAUGCAUUCAGCAGAAAGCUGGAAUCUUGUCAAUCAGGUCCUGAAGACCUAACAGAUGACGACCCAUCAGACUACAACAGGGGAUUUUAUUGCACCCAGGCUGGAAUUAUCUCAAGGAUACUGCUGGGGUGGACAAUGAACAACAACACUGAGUGCCAUGAUGAUCACACCCUGGAUAAGUAUUUGUUUCCAUUUGUGUACAGCAUUGUGAUGAUGAUCAGUAUUCCUAUCAACUGCAUAUCACUCUAUGCAUCUUGCAUUCAGGUGAGGAAAAAGAAUGAGCUAGCAGUCUACAUCUUUAGCCUGUCUCUGGCUGACCUUUUGUACUCUUUGAUUCUGCCUCUGUGGAUUGAUUAUGCCUGGCAUGGAGAUGACUGGAGGCUCUCUGCCUUGCUUUGUCAGAUUUUUGCCUUCCUUACAUAUAUGAAUUUCUACACCAGCACUGCGUUCCUGGCUUGCAUCUCUCUUGACAGGUACCUGGCAUUAGUUCACCCCUUGAAGCUCCAGUACUUGCGCACAAGAAGAUUUUCAUUGAUUGUCAGCAUAAUUGUUUGGCUUCUGGAAAGCAUCUUUAAUUCAGUCAUAUUGGUGUACAAAGAAGUAUUUCAUGAUCCUUGCAAUUUCACUAAUCAUACAUUAUGCUAUGAUAACUACCCCCUGGAAAGGUGGCAGGCGAACAUAAAUUUAUUCCGGAUAUGCUCAGGGUACUUGGUCCCUUUGAUAAUCAUUGUGUUUUGCUACCAUAAAAUCUACCAAGCAGUGAGGUAUAACCAAGCCACGGUAGAUGAAGAAAAGAAAAAAGUUAAGAAACUAAUUGUGAACAUCACAGUUAGUUUCAUUGUUUGCUUCACUCCUUAUCACGUUGUACUGCUUAUCCGCAGCAUCAAAGAACCUUCUACCUCUGACCCACAUCUUUUGUUGUUGAUGUAUAAGAUUUACAGGAUCACACAGGCCUUAGCAAGUUUGAAUUGCAUCACAGAUCCCAUUCUGUACUGCUUUGUGAGUGAAACUGCACGGACAGAGAUAGUGAAUUUGCUCAGGUGUUGCUUGUGCCUACGAAAGCGUGGGGAAGACCAAGUAAAAGGACAUGCUCCGUGCAGUUCUGCUACAAAAAACUCUGCCCUGAUCACCUACAGAAGCUCCGGUGAAACACAGACUGUCAAAAUUUCCUGAAUCAGCACAUGCUAAGGAAUACUGGAUAACCUAAAAGGAAAAGAAAGAAAAAUUGUUCUAGGAACUUGUGUACCUAGGAAAUGCCCCAAAAGACAGAGAUAUACCAGUCUAAGCAAAACCAGUAGCUGGAGCCAAUAAGAACUUACUGUAGGGUCAAUGAAAUCAAUACAUUUAUUUAAAUCACGUGUGGUAUAUAAAUCAGUGACAACAAACAAACACAGCCAACAAGGAUGGCUGUGACGUGCUGACAGAAUUACUGAGGAUCCCCCACAGCACUCUCUCCUGUUGCAUUUUGCUAGCCAGCCUGCUGCAAUGUACUGAGCUGCAGGGAGGCUGAGGUCCUCUUUGUCCUGAUUAGACAGAGGGAGUGUGGUAAAUUUCAUGUUGUUAUUUAUGCUGCUAUGAUGGUUCAUAUGUUUCAUUAAAGACUCCAAUUCUUCUUUAGCAUACCCCUCAGAUCAGACACUUCUUAAAAUUGUUUACCUCCUGUGUAUGGACACUUACCUGCAUUUAAGCUUUUGUUUUCCUUGAAAAACAUAUAUUUUAAUGUAUAGCUGUAUGUCAUGAGUUUCUUUAUAAUACCAGUAUUGGGUUUCAGAUAGUUGAAGAUUCAUUAAUUCAAGUGCCUAUAAAAAGCAAAUUCUAGCCACCAGUGUUUUAAUUUGGAUGAAAUGUUUCCUGAUACAUUCAGGGAAGGAAGAGAAGGAGAGAAGGGUGAGAUUUCACGUCUCAGCAAUGUAAAGGGCCAGCCUUCAGAGUUGCUUAUUGUGACUAAAUCUGGAGUGUGGUUCCAUUUUCAGACUCAGUAGGGUAAGGUUUACAUCCAUUUACUUAACUGCACAUGGAGGCCUCAGCUAGAGGUUCCAGGGCUCUCAGUCUGGCAGUUUUAAAAAAAGUUAAACAAGCCAGCCAGCAAUACUGGCAAACCAGCAAAGAGCAUGAAUGUACCAACAGUAAGAAUGAAAGCAAAAGAACCCACAUUUUUAAAAAGUUUGUGUUAGCACAAAUCAGAAGUGAAGAUGUUAAUUCAGGUACCUGGUCAUGUGCAGGCAGAAACAGCUACCUGGCUCCCUGGUUCUGUGUCCCAUCCAGACACCAGACCCUCUGAAAAGAGUUAAAAUAUUACAUUUAUUUCUCUUCUCACAACCUUUUUACUUUUUCUCAAUUCCCAGGAAAAGUAUUUGGUUAUGGUGGGAUUUUUUUUAUUUCAUAGGGAAAGAAUUUUUCUUUCCAUCAAAAAAAGAAUUGCCAUCUAGCAAAUUUGUGUGGUGGAAAGAUUUUGACCAGCACUUUUCAGCACCCUUUUAGGUCUGACAUUAUGUGUGGAGAUGUGCAUAAAGUGGUCACAAGUAAUAAGAUAUUUCUUAUGAAAAUGUCCCUCUGUGUUUAAAUAAAAAAAUUUCUCCAUUGCAAAGAGCAUUUCCAUUGUUUUCAUGAGUUGCUCUGUGUGUCUAUGCUUUCUGUUAAUCUCACGUUCUGAAAUGGGACCUUGCCAGGCUGUGCAAGCUGGGCUUGUUCAGCCUGGAGAAGACCAGACUUAGGGGUAUCUAAUGACAGCUUUGCAGUCCUGCAAAGAGGAUAUUGAGAAGAUGGAGCCAAGCUCUGCACAAGAGCUCAUAGCAGGAAUGGUGUGUUUUAAGCCUGGCUGGAAAUUAGGGACCACGCAGCCACUUGCUCAACCUCUUUCUGUCCCCACACAGACAGGUGAAAUGGAAAGGAGAAUCAAAGUAAAACUUGUAGGUUUAGAUAAGAACAGUUUUAUCAUCAAAAAUAAAUUUAGAAUGCAGUAAUAAUGGUCAAUUAUAAUAAUAAUGAUAAUCAUAAGGGAAGAAACAAGUGACACACAACACAAUUGCUCACCACCCACUGACCAGUGCCAGACCCCACUUCCUGAGCCCAGAUCAGCCACCCUUCUGGGUGACUUCAUCCAGGUUAUCUACUGGGCAGGACAUUCUAUUGUGUGGAACAUCCCUUUGGCCAGUUCAGGUCACCUGUCCCACCUAUGCCCCCUCCCAGUUUCUUUUGAAAACCUCCUGGCUGGCAGAGUGUGAAACAAGAAAAACAGUCCUUAAGUUAGGAUAACCACUUAAUAAAACCAAAACACAACAGUUUGUUAUCAACACCAUUCUCAUUCUGAAUUUAAAAGACAGCACUGUAACACCUGUUGAAAGGAACUUAACUCUACCUGAGCUGAAAACAGGACAAGGAGGGACAAAAAAUCCUGUGUAAAACUUGAAGCAAGAAGGGUCAGAGUUGAUAUAAGCAAGAGUUUCUGAGCCAUGAAGAACUGAUAAGCAGUGGAGCAGGUUGCACUAAGAUGUUCUGUGGGCUCCAUCCUCAGUGGUUUCCAAUACCCAACUCAACAAAGCUUGAGCAACAUCUGACCUUGUAGGUGACCUUCCCUUUAGCAGAAGGUUGCACUUGGGAUUCCCUGAGGUCCCUUCAAACCACAAUUGUCUCCUGUGAUUCUGUGGGUAGUCACUAUUCUGGCUGUUGCUUUCCCCUCUAGAAAAUUACAUUCCCUUCUUUUUUGUUUACAUUUACUGAAUUUUGUUUUGAUGUGGGUUUGUGUUUCUGAUUUGGGGUUUUUUUCCUGUAGUUCCUUCUUAUAUAUUAUGAAGGAAGAAUUAUGCAAGCAGCAGUGCAAGUUACUUAAUCAUGAUUUUUUUUCCACUGCUGACCUAUGCAUUUUGCAACAGAAUGUGAAAUUUCAGUGUAGCAUUGAAAUAAAAGCAGAACCAAACUUCACUGUAACUUCAUGGAAAAAAGAACUCAGUGGUUCAUUUUUAAAUCUUUCACAUGCCAUAGAGGUUAGAAUGUUAAUUCUGUUUGGGCUUUUAAUUUAAAGAAUUUAAGAAUUAAUUUAAAGAACAAUGAAAACUGAAGCUAAGAAACAAAACUGAGUCAAAUUUAACCUCUGUAUCAGCGAGUAGUGAGAGCUGGCAGCUCCACAAGGGGCAGUGAGCCAGGAGCUGAGGGUGACAGCCAGCCCGACUGGGCAGCAUCGUCACCAAGCCUCAAUCCCAUGGCACCCAGAGAGCCAGAAAAGCAGGUCUGGCCAACUGCUCUCUGGUCACCAGACAAAUCUCUGGUGACAAGGCAGGUUGGAGGUCAAGCUGGGAAGCCAAGUCAGGAAGGCAAGGUUGGGAUCAGCAAGGUACAAGGCUGGACAUGGCAACACCAUGUCAGCAUUGUCCCGUGCACAGGCAGUUAAUUCCUAAUGUAUUAGGAGAAGAGACCACAGACUCUGUUGGUAAAGUGACCUUGAGCUUCUGCAAAAAGCUUCAUUUCCAUAAAGUUUCACCCUGAGAUUUUAUAUUCUUUAAUAUUCCACCAAUGCUUAUGAAAGCCGUAGCAUGGACCAGCGUACGUGGGUAUCUGUGGAUGUUUUUCAUAGCAUCAUUUCCUGUGGUACCUCCCUGCAUUGCUGGAGAUUCACUUCCAGAUAAAGGAAAGCCAUGACAGUGGCUGGGUUUCAUUAAAAAGCUCAGAUAAAUGCAGGGUCCUAUCCCUUUAUGAUAAUAAAAUGUAGGUAUCUCAUUUCUUAGAUUGCUCAAAAAUUCUUCUGCCUCAGAAAGCAGCUCCUGGUGGUCCCAAAACCCUGCGAGAUGGCAGCUUGCCCUGCCCAAGGCCACCAAGUCCUCUGCACCUGAAGGGCCCCCAGUAGGGCUGAUCCAAGGCAGCAGCUGAUAAGUGAUGCUCUAGCACUGAUAAGGGGAAAGAGCAAAACACAUUGUGCAUGUGUUUGUCAUGAAGUAUUUUUCUUUUUUUGCUGCACCACAAAGGCUGUGUUACUGACAAAUUGCUAGCCUAAGCUGACACAGGGAAGUUUUGGCUGUUCUGCUACAAAUUAAAAGUAACCAAGCUAUUUCACCUAAAUCCUUUGAAACAUUAGAAAGAGAUAAAGCAUGUUCUGGACUGGGGCUUCAGAAAAGAGAAACACAAACCAAAAAAAAAUAAUAAAAAAAAUUUAAAAAACACCACCAGCAAAAAUGAGACAGAAAAUAUUAAGGAGAAGACUGUAUCAGAUGAUAUGCAAAAACCUGAUCCAAGUGAAUUAUGAAGAUACUGCAAAAGACAGUCAGAUUCUCAACUCUGCCAGCCUAGAAGUAUUGUCAUCAGUGUAUCACUUACAGCCUGUGUCCAGCCUCUGUACAGCAGAGUGUGUGUUCUCUAGCAUCUCUCUACUGAAUAUCAGAGCACACACAUCGUAUCACUAAUGUGCCACAGAAGUGCUAAAAUAGUGGGAGGUGCAAAAAAAAAGUGGGAAAAUAGGUCAAUUCCUUUUUUUUUUUUUUUUUUUUCAAAAUUAACUUUGAGUAUUUUGGUGGUGGGAGCACAGACUCACAGCUUCUUUAAAUGGAGUGUAAGAGAAAUUGAAAAAAUAAAAGGUGAUGUCUCAAGAGCAAAGCUGGUACUUUGAAUUUAGUAUUUUGAGAAAUGUUAUUGCUAUAGCAACUGCUAAAGGUUCAAUACAGAGAUAAAAGAUUAUUUUAUUUUAUUUUGUUCAAUUUUCCUGGUAAAGUCAAAUCUGUUGCUGGGUGAAAAACAGAGCUGAUGACAGAGUGGAUAAAAGCACUGUACUAGUGCCCAAUCACAUAUAACCUUUGUGGGCUGCUGGUGGAUGAGAGGCUGGACAUGACCCUGCAAUGUGCACUCACAGCCCAGAAAGCCAAUCCUGUCCUGCAUCCGAAGCAGUGGGCAGCAAGACAAGGGAGGGGAUUCUGCCCCUCCAUUCUGCUCUGCUCUGGUGAGACCCCAUCUGCAGUGCUGCAUCCAGCUCUGGAGUCCCCAGCACAGGAAGGAUGUGGACCUGUUGGAGUGAGUCCAGAGGAGGGUCUUCAAGAUGGUUAGAAGCAUGGAGCAGCUCUCCUAUGAAGAAAGGCUGAGAGAUUUGGGUUUGUUCAGCCUGGUGAAGAGAAGGCUUCAGGACAACCUAAUUGUGGCCUUCCAGUACCUGAAGGGAGCUUAUGAGAAAGAUGGAGAGGGACUUUCUACAAGGGCAUGUAGAGAUAGAACAAGGGGGAAAGGCUGAACAGAGAGAAAGUAGGUUUAGAUGAGAUACUGGGAAGAAACUCUUUACUGUGAGGGUGGUGAAGCACUGGAACACAUUGCCCAAAGAAGUGGUGGAGGCCCCAUCCCUGGAGGUGUUCAAGGCCAGGUUGGAUGGGGCUUGGAGCAACCUGGAGUGCUGGAAACUUUCCCUGCCCAUGGCAGGGGAGCUGGAACCAGAUGAUCUUUCAGGUGCCUUCCAGCCCAGGCCACUCUAUAAUUCUCUGAUGAUUCCUCAGGUCAUUUAGGUACAGCACAUUGCCUUUCAAAUGACUUACUGAAGUUCACUUAACAUAAACAAUGACUUGCACAAGCUUUCCACGAGAGAUGGUUAUUAAUAUCCUAAAUUUGUACUAUAUUUCAUACCUGCUGCAGCUUUAUUUUGAUUUCUUGUAGAAUCUUGGUCUUACGUGCCAUUUCUCCCUGUUUAAAAAAGUCUUCCUUCCUUUUAACAGAAGAACAAAGUAAUGGCUGUUCUUCUGACCCCACAUGAAGAGCUACACCCAGGAACAAUCUUAUUUCAAAUUUCUAGCAUUUUAGCACAGAGGUUUUGCAUCACAAUCUUAGUCAUAUCUCAGGAAUAUAUUGAACGACUGGAGAAAUUGUCACCACAGUUUCCUUCAUCUGGUAGCUGGUACCUUACUAGAUGUGCCAACAAGUACUAAAUCCAGAAAGCUACAGUCUGAAGGAGAGAUCCAUACACUGUGUUCUGUUUCACAUACUUGUUUAUAUGUGUGAGGAAACACUGUGAGGAUUCUGUUGAUCUUGUAAAUCAGGAAUUCCUUAGACUCACAUCCUUAAAUGAAAUGAACUGGUGAGGCUGAGGUGAGUAUCCUAAUUUGAAGUACCAGGUCUGAACAGGUGGUUUGGCUUAUGGCAGUUCAUCUUCUUAGUUAUCAUUUCACCACAGGAGACCCAAUGACCCUUAAAAAAAAAAAAGUAGUUUUUAGUGGGCAAAAGGAAUACUUAACUCUGCCAAAUACCUACCAAGCAAUUCCUGAGAUUCACUGUGUACUCAGAAAGAGAACAUAAACACAUGGCAUCACUGUCUUAGCUUAUCCUCAUGCAGUGCAACCCCACAAAUAAUCUUCAGUAAACCAAAGUUUCUGUUCCUUCUCAGAAUGCAUUGAAGCAAAAAAAAAAAAAAAAAGAA